AUGAACACAGUCCCUUCGGCCAGCAGGGUGCACGUCGGCGAGGAUAGCUUCGCCACUAGCGGACAACUCGUGAUCGACGUGACCGACAAGUCCGCGUACGCCGACUUCGCGAACCCCAUCUUCGCGAGUGCAUGGCCGAAUUCCUGGGGGCAGUCAUUUGUGAUUGGUUUCGGCUUGGCCGUGAACAGCCAGGUUGCCAUCUCCGACGGCAAGGCAGGCGAUGUCAUGACUGUGAGUUUGGCCUGGGGUGUUGCUGUGCUCAUGGGUGUCUACACCGCUGAGAACGUGAGCGGGUCGCACAUCAUCUCGGUGAUCACCUUCACGCACGCGGUGUACGGGCGGAUGCCGUGGUGGAAAGUGCCAGGGUAUAUGCUGGCGCAGACUUUGGGCGCGUUUGUCGCGGCAGCUCUCGUCUACGUGCUACACUACGAGAAAAUAUCUGCCGGGGACCUGAAGACCAUGCACUUCCUGUUCGUCACGUACCCGCACGACGUGUCCAACUACACGGCGCUCUACACUGAAGUGCUGCUGUGCGCGUUCCUCAUGUCCCUCAACACGGGCCUGGGUGCGAGCGUGAACCGGGAUCUCGGACCUCGACUUUUCGCCUACUUGGCCGGAUACAAGGAGGCUUUCACCGAGUACUCUUACUACUUCUGGAUCCCAAUUGUCGGGCCGUUCCUAGGUGGUGUCAUCGGUGCCGGCGCCUACAUUCUCUUCGUCGAGAUCCAGCAUCGUCAUCUAUAG